AUGAUUCCACCGCGCCUUCUCCCGGCCCUCUACGGUCUUAGCCUUGCUGCCUGCGCAUCUGCGGUACCUAUCAUAGAACAGCAGGUCCUGGGCAACGUUGCCGCCCAGGUAGACAAGACAGAACCGUCGGGGCAGCUCUCAGGGCGAUUUCUUCAUAUAACAGAUUUGCAUUUAGAUACCCACUACAAAUCAGGAACAGACGAGCCAACAUGUCAUCGGGGUAAAGGAUCAGCGGGCGCCUUGGGCGCGGAGGGCACCGACUGCGACUCACCGCUGGCCCUCGUAAACGAAACGUUCCGAUGGAUUGAUGAGAAUCUCAAGGGGAAGAUCGACUUUGUACUCUGGACAGGAGAUUCGGCGCGGCAUGACAACGACGAGAAAAUCCCUCGGACUGCGGACGAAAUAGUUGAUCUGAAUGAACUCCUGGCGAAUAAGUUCAUCGACCUCUUCGAAUGCUCGGACAAAGUUCGUGGUCUUUCAAUCCCGAUCAUCCCUACUAUUGGCAACAAUGAUAUCAUGCCGCAUAACAUUUUUAAAGAGGGACCGAACCGGUGGACAAGGAGGUUCACGGAAAUUUGGGCCAAGUUUAUUCCCGAACCUCAACGGCACAGUUUUGAGGAAGGUGGAUGGUUCUUGGCGGAGUUGAUCCCAAACAAGCUUGCCGCGAUUAGCUUGAACACUAUGUACUUUUACGAAUCCAACUCGGCGGUUGAUGGCUGUGCGGCGAAAUCCGAGCCAGGGUACGAACAUAUGGAAUGGUUACGUGUGCAGCUUGAGAUUUUGCGGGGGCGCAAGAUGAAAGCUAUACUUAUCGGACAUGUGCCGCCUGCAAGAGCCGGUAACAAGAAGAACUGGGAUGAGACCUGCUGGCAGAAAUACACACUGUUCGUAAAUCGAUUCCGCGAUGUCGUCGUCGGCAGCGUCUAUGGACACAUGAAUGUCGACCACUUUAUGCUACAGGAUAGCCGGGACGUGGACAUUCUGGCGGCGAGCGAAGAGACGCCGAGCGAUCCCAGCCUCAUAGUGCAGUCCCGCGGAAACUACCUAUCUAGUUUGAGGGAAGACUGGGCUGAUAUGCCCUCCCCGCCAGGUGGCAAAGCCUUUGACUUUUCUGGUGGCUCGGUUGACGACCCGGGCGAGAUAUUGGGAAAGAAGGAGCGACGAUUCUUCAAGAAGAUUGGCGGUCCAUUCGCUGAACGAUAUAGUGUCUCGCUGGUGUCUCCUAGUGUGGUACCCAACUAUUUCCCAACUCUCAGGGUGGUCGAGUAUAAUACCACGGGUUUGGAGGGCGCUGCAAUAUGGGCAGACGUGCCGUAUACAAACGACUCACUCGAGUCCUUUGUGCCAGAAGCAACCGAGGAUGAUGCGCCAGACGAAAUCGACGAACAAAAAAAGAAAAAGAAGCACAAAAAGAACAAGAAAGACAAGAAGAAGAAGAAGCCGAACUUCAAGGUCCCCGACGAGCCCCCGAAAACUACUCCGCCGGGGCCUGCAUACUCGAACCAAGCAUUGUCAUGGCUGAGCUACGUCCAGUAUUAUGCCAACCUCACGGAGAUUUAUCACGAGAAGGCCGAGGAGUCCGAAACUAGCUCUGAAAACGACCAUAGCACAGCCAGUGGCUUAGACUUAUAUAAAAUCGAAUACGACACGAAAGAGGAUGGAGUGUACAAUAUGAAAGACCUCACAGUACGCAGCUACUUCCAGCUUGCCAAACGCAUUGCAAGCAAGAACCCCCACAAGGAGGACACAGUACUAGCUGCCGACCUGGAUUCGGAGACAGACGCAUCUGACGCCGAAAAUGAUUCUGAGCCGGAGACAACCAAUGGAAAGAAGAAGAAAAAGAACAAAAAUAAGAAGAAGAAGCACCGCAAGAACCGAGUUUGGCGAACGUUCUUGGAUAGAGCAUUUGUUGGUAUGUUGGGCGGCGACGAGCUUGAUGACAUUGAGGCGUAA